UCCUGCGGCUUUGUAAUAAAGCGAGCGGCAGCGAGACAGCAAACUACAAUCUACACAUCCUGGUUUUGGGAGACGUUCACAGACUUCAGUUUGGCAGCAAGACGAAGAAACAGAAGAUUUGCGAAUUAGCUAUAUUAUACUGAACAGUUUGGGAUAACAGGAUUGCAUAAUUAUGGGAGACAGUACAUGCAAUGGGACGCACACCAAGAAGGCGUUGCUGUCAGACCCUCAGCUGUUUGAAGACCAGUUUGAUGAGCUGGUGACGGAGCUGACAAAGAGGGACCUCAACGAUCCUGUGCUGGCUGAUGCUUUGAACAGGUUGAGAGAGGUUUUGGUGUACAAUGCCCCAGGCGGCAAGAGAAACCGAGGCCUAUCUGUGAUUGGCUCACUGAGGGAGCUUCUCCCACCCUCUCAGCUCACCCAGGACACUGUGCAGCGGGCUCUGUUGGUUGGCUGGUGCAUUGAGUUGCUUCAGGCUUUUUUCCUCGUGGCAGAUGAUAUCAUGGAUGCAUCUGUGACUCGGAGAGGACAGCCCUGCUGGUACAAGAAGGAUGGGAUAGGUCUGGACGCUAUCAAUGAUUCAUUUCUCUUGGAAGCGUCAAUCUACAGACUACUUCGCAGACAUUGCAGGGAUCAGCCGUACUACGUCCAUCUACUGGAGCUUUUUACUGAGACAUCUUUCCAGACAGAGCUUGGUCAAGCUCUGGACCUCAUGACAGCCCCUCCUGGUCAGAUUGACCUCAACAGAUUCACCAUGGAGAGGUAUAAAGCUAUUGUAAAAUACAAGACUGCCUUCUACUCUUUUUACCUCCCAGUGGCAGCUGCAAUGUACAUGGCUGGAAUCAAAAGUGAAGAGGAGCACAACAAUGCCAAACACAUCUUACUUGAGAUGGGAGAGUUUUUCCAAAUACAGGACGACUACCUAGACUGUUAUGGUGACCCUGCUGUGACAGGGAAGAUUGGUACAGACAUCCAGGAUAACAAAUGCAGCUGGCUGGUUGUGACAGCCCUGGAAAUCAUGACUCCUGAUCAAAGAGCAGAGCUGGAGGCAUGUUACGGGCGCCACGAUGAAGCCAGCGUAGAAAAGGUCAAGGCGCUGUACAACACCCUGCAAAUGCCAACACUGUACCACAAAUAUGAAGAUGAGAGCUACCAGCGGCUACAGAAGCUCAUCGCUCGUCACGCUCAAAACCUUCCUCACUCGGUCUUCCUCAACUUUGCCAAUAAAAUCUACAAGAGGAACAAGUGAGAGGGAUUGACGAUGUUUGGAAGUUAUAUAUCUGGUAUCAGGUACAUCAGCCUGAUUCCCUUUUGAUUCUCAUGACGCACAAACAAACUCCUCUCUCUUGAAAGAGGGUUUUGCCAGGGACAGUGCCCUGACUCCAACAGCAUGACCCAAACAGGACUGUGGUGUUUAGAAAUCCUGCAGGCAGUUUCUUAAGUUUUCAGUGGUUUUUGUAGAUAUUUGGAUGUGGAUGUGAUCAAAAAUCAAGUCUCUUUAGUUUUAUUUAUUGAACCCCAGCGCAUAAUGUACACUGUAACCAGUCACAUACUAGGAUGACUUUGGAUGGAAUCACACAUGGAUUUAUCUAACUUUCAUAUUUAUCUGCCUGGAGGAGUGCAUGGCAGGAUGAAGAUACAAAUAAUCUAGUAUGAGUAAUUGGUUUUGCAGGAAUAGAUUUAUCAAUUGAUUAUAAACUAAAAGGGACAGUACAUAUAUGACAGGAGACAUACCGUGACUGAGGACAGAGGGUCAAGCCUGAUAAGGUGUCUCAAUUCCAUAUAUUUUUAUAUUGCUCUGGGAAGUUAUUGCUUUUAAUAAAUAAUAUAUGUCCUCUA